AUGUCUAACGAAACAAAUCCGUUCCUUCCUAAAGACGAAAAAGGUGAUAAUGAACCAGAUAGUUCAUCGGUUAAGGAUCAUAGCGUAUCGUUGGGUAGUGCCGGUGUCGCAAACCCUGGGAUUGAAACACAUGAUCCAGAGAAAUUAAAAAUCACUCACAAGGAGAAGAAACACGUACCAAGUGGGAAAAGAUGUUGUCUCAGAUUUAUAACAUUGUUGGCCAGUAUUGGAGCUGAAUUUUUCAACAUCAGUGCACCCCUCGUUUCGAAAGAACAAGCACCUGAAGGCGCAAAUCAAUUAGCAAUAAUAUUUUUGCACAUAGUCUCCUCAAUAUCAGUUCUAGUUUCGGCAUAUUUCAUUUUGCUUUAUUGUUUUCGUAGAUGUGGCAAUGCAGAAAAACUUCACAGGCUCUUAUUACAUUUAAUUGAUUUAACAUUCGCAAUAUGUUUUGGUGUUUUAAUGGUUUUCAUGAUUGGAGAUUUUAGAUGCCAAAUUGGGACUUUGAAUGGGUG